AUGUUUUUAGUUAAAAUUCAUCAACCAAAACAAAACAUCGGAAAACAACGAACAAAUUUACUAUCUAAAUCAUCGACUAGAGCUUCAUCUAAACACGAAUCAACAACUAAAAAGCAUAAUCUUCCAAAACGAGACAGAACCUCAUCGCUACUAGCAUUACAAGCAUUGGCUAUGAAAAUAGCUGCAUAUAAAGAAAAAUAUGGUGAUAUUGAAACACAACAGUCAUCAAUAGUAAAACCUGCUAGAAUACAAAAGAAAAAAAAAGAAAAUCGAUAA